AUGUAAAAACGUGAUAAUGUAAUUGGUGCAAUGGGCGUAUCAGGCUUAGGUUCUGCUUUAGCAAAUUGCAUUAAUCUCUCAAAUUUGACACUUCACCUUAAGUCCAAUUAAAUUGGUGCAAUGGAUGCAUCAGGCUUAUGUUCUGCUUUUAAAAAUGUAAUUAACCUCUCAAAUUUGACACUUGAUCUUUAUGGUAAUGUAAUUGGUGUAAUGGGUGCAUCAGGCUUAGGUUCUGGUUUAGCAAAUUGUAUUAAUCUCUCAAAUUUGACACUUGAUCUUUCGUGGAAUAAAAUUUGUGAUGAAGGUGCAUCAGGCUUAGGUUCUGGUUUAGCAAAUUGCAUUAAUCUCUCAAAUUUGGCACUUCAUCUUAAUGGCAAUUAUAUUGGUGCAAUGGGUGCAUCAAAAUUAUGUUCUUCUUUAGCAAAUUGCAUUAAUCUCUCAAAUUUGAUACUUCACCUUGGGUCAAAUUAUUUUGGUGAUAAAGGUGCAUCAGAAUUAGGUUCUGGUUUAGCAGAUUGCAUUAAUAUCUCAAAUUUGACACUUCACCUUGAGUGUAAUAAAAUUGGUGCAAUUGGUGCAUCAGGCUUAGGUUCUGGUUUAGCAAAUUGCAUUAAUAUCUCAAAUUUGACACUUCACCUUGAUUACAAUUAAAUUGGUGAUAAAGAUGCAUCAGGCUUAGGUUCCGCUUUAGCAAAUUGCAUUAAUCUCUCAAAUUUGACACUUCACCUUAAGUGCAAUAAAAUUGGUGCAAAGGGUGCAUCAAGCUUAGGUUCUGGUUUAGCAAAUUGUAUUAAUCUCUUAAAUUUGACACUUCUCCUUGAUGAAAAUUAAAUUGGUGAUAAAGGUGCAUCAGGCUUAGGUUCUGGUUUAGCAAAUUGCAUUAAUAUCUCAAAUUUAACAAUUAGCCUUUAUGAAAAUUAAAUUGGUGAUAAAGGUUCAUCCGAUUUAGGUUCUGUUUUAGCAAAUUGCAUUAAUCUCUCAAAUUUGACAUUUAACCUUAAUAACAAUUAAAUUGGUAAUAAAGGGGCAUCAGGCUUAGGUUCUGGUUUAGCAAAUUGCAUUAAUCUCUCCAAUUUGACACUUUGCCUUAAGUGCAAUAAAAUUGGUGCAAUGGGCGCAUCAAGCUUAGGUUCUGGUUUAACAAAAUGUAUUAAGCUCUCAAAUUUGACACUUAGCCUUUUUCGCAAUUAAAUUGGUGUAAAGGGUGCAUUAGGCUUAGGUUCUGGUUUAGCAAAUUUAAUUAAUCUCUCAAAUUUGACACUUGAUCUUUAUGAAAAUUAAAUUAGUGAUGAAGGUGCAUCAGGCUUAGUUUCUGCUUUAGCAAACUGUAUUAAUCUCUCAAAUUUGAAACUUGGCCUUGAGUGCAAUAAAAUUGGUGCAAUGGGUGCAUCAAGCUUAGUUUCUGGUUUAACAAAUUGUAUUAAUCUCUCAAAUUUGACACUUCUCCUUGGUGGUAAUUAAAUUGGUGAUGAAGGUUUAUCAGGCUUAGGUUCUGCUUUAGAAAAUUGCAUUAAUUUCUCAAAUUUGGCACUUCACCUUAAUGAAAAUUAAAUCGGUGAUGAAGGUUCAUCAGGCUUAGGUUCUGGUUUAGCAAAUUGCAUUAAUCUCUCAAAUUUGACACUUAAUCUUUGUUCGAAUAAAAUUGGUGAUGAAGGUUUAUCAGGCUUAGGUUCUGCUUUAGCAAAUUGCAUUAAUCUCUCAAAUUUGGCACUUCACCUUAACUAAAUGAAUGAAUAAGAAAAAUUCAAAGUAAUAAGCAAGUGUCUUAAAUCAAAAAGAUUAGUUGUCUUUAGAAAAUAAUUCUGA